AUGGUUCUCGCCAAGAGCAAGAAUGCCGUCGGGCUGGGCAACAGCCUGAUGAAUGACCGUUUCGGCAAAGGCAAGAACAGUGACAUGCACCGAGGGAGCGCACAACCAGGAGCGAUCAAGCGACGAGACCAAGAAGGAAAUGAGUACAUCACCAACGCAAAACAAGAUGCGGACUGGGUCAAAAUGCGAAGUAUCACAGAACAAGGUGCCCUGGACGAGUUCCUCAGCACUGCGGAAUUGGCAGGAACGGACUUUACCGCGGAGAAGAUGAACAACGUCAAGAUCAUUCAUACCGAUCAGAAGAACCCAUAUCUGUUAUCAGCAGCAGAGGAGAGAGGGGUCGUGAAAAAGCAGAACGCAAAGAGGGCACGCCUGACCGUACCGAGACGACCCGCAUGGGACAAAGACACCACCCCGAGAGAAUUAGACGAGAGGGAGCGACAAAGUCUGUUAGACUGGCGGAGAGGACUCGCUGAGCUCCAAGAGGUGGAUGACUUGCUUAUGACCCCAUUCGAGCGCAAUCUCGAGGUUUGGCGACAGCUUUGGCGUGUCAUUGAGCGAUCUGAUCUAGUGGUACAAAUCGUCGACGCAAGAAAUCCUCUGCUAUAUCGCUGCGAGGAUUUGGAGAAGUAUGUGAAGGAGGUCGAUGGUGGGAAGAAGAGGAAUUUGUUGCUUGUCAACAAGGCGGAUAUGAUGACGCUGAAACAGCGACAGAAAUGGGCCGAGUUUUUCAAUGAAAAAGGGAUUGCGUUCAGAUUCUUCUCGGCUGAGUUGGCCAAAGAAAUGAACGAGGCGCGUGAGGAUUUUGACGACGAGGAGGAUGGCGAGCGGGGAAGACAACUGAACGGCGAACAUGCACAUGCCGAGGAUGACGACGAAGGCGACGAGGAGGAGGAAGACGACGAGAGCGACGAAGACGACGGACAGCUCGAUGAGGAUGACAAUGCUGCUCAAGACCAAGCACAACCGCCCUCAGCACCACCAGUCCUUUCGGUCGAAGAACAGACCAGGAUCCUUACCACUGAGGAUCUCGAAGCUCUGUUCUUGGAGCACUCGCCCUCAACACCAAAAUCAAAAGAUCCGGAUGCGCCAAAGAGAAAGACGCAAAUCGGUCUUGUCGGAUACCCCAAUGUCGGUAAAUCAUCCACCAUCAACGCUUUACUUGGUGCCAAGAAGGUCAGUGUCUCUGCUACGCCAGGUAAAACAAAGCACUUUCAAACGAUUCACCUUUCACCGCGAGUCGUGCUUUGCGAUUGUCCCGGUCUUGUGUUUCCCAACUUCGCCACCACCAAAGCAGAGUUGGUCUGCGCUGGUGUUCUGCCUAUCGACCAGUUACGAGAGCACACCGGGCCCGCUGCACUCGUCGCACAGCGCAUUCCAAAGCCUUUCCUGGAAGCCCUUUACGGCAUGAAGAUUCUCAUCCGGCCAAUCGAAGAAGGUGGCACGGGUUCUGCGACCGGUUCAGAGGUACUUCGGGCAUAUGCGAAAGCCCGUGGCUUCUUCACACAAGGUCUCGGCCAGCCGGACGAGAGCCGAGCUGCACGAUAUGUGCUCAAGGAUUACGUCAAGGGAAAACUUCUCUUCUGUCACCCACCACCAAUUGAACCAUCCAUUGAGCCGAAAGAAUUCAACCGCGAGCUCUACGACGUGGCACAUCUCCCACCGAAGCGACAAGCUCAGAUAGCAGCCGCUGCUGCAGCCGCAGGUAUUCCCGCGGAUGACAUUUCUCUUCUCUCAGGAAAUCUCGACUUUCUGUCGCUAGGUGGCACUUCGGGACGCAAGGGUGCUGAUAUGGACAAAGCUUUUUUCGCGCCCGGCCAAGGACGGGGAACAGUCAAUCAGCCAUUCCACUACAAGUACUCGGAGCAAGGCGUCGUCGCGGCGGGAGCAGGUGGUAAGCCGCUUUCUGGCAGAAAGCUGAAGACUAUGACGGCGUUGGAGCGGGAUAUUGACCCUGCGGAAGUGGCGAAUAAGAACAGGAAGAAGCACUUCAAGGGCAACAAGAGAGCUCUGAAGCAGGUGCGGGAGAAAGUUGGUGGUGUUGCUUAUGAUGACUGA